UGUAAGUCUGCUUGCUCUGACAAAUGGGAAAUAGGUCAUUUAAAUGUACAUUUGUGCAAAUUAGGUACUACUGUACUACUGUAACACUUCUUUUAAACAGUGAAAAUGGAUCCUGAUCCCACCAAAAUCUUUCCCAAGAUUUAAACAUUCUCACUGGACCACACUGUAAAGCUUUUGGUGAACAGAGUCUCUAAUCAGUGGAGAUGGAAAUGCUUCAUGCUGUGAAAUCUUGUUUCACCCUUCCAUCCAAAUACUCUUAUGUCGGAAAUACAGGAUACAUCCCAGUUUACAUGCAUUUGUGCUGGUAGACCAGACCAAAGCUUCCCCAUUUUUUCCCCUUCAGCAAUGAGUGUGUGGAGGAGAGGAUGUACAUCAUCAUAUCAGCAGACAUAAUCCUGUGGUGUGAGGUUAAGAACUCGAGCCCAUUCCCCCUCCCCAAAAAUGAUUUGCACAGCCACGUGAGCCCUUGACAUUAUCAACGUCCUACAUAUUUUCUCAUAUCUAGACUCUAGAAAGAUCAGGAUGGGAUCAUGUCAAGAAUCUGUCAAGAAUCCAAGACCAAGAAUCAAGAAUCCAAGACCAAAAAACAAUCGAAAAAAGUGGUCCGAACAAAGGUGUUUUGUCAGCUACUGUAUCUUUCUUGUCAUCUAGGUAAGGCCUACUGUAGACCUGGUUGAAAAUUAGUUUUGGGGAAAGUGGUUUAAAAGUACACCAUCUUAGUAUAAGCUACAUUUUAUGUGGUUUGAAUUUUCUAAAAGUAAAAACAAAAUAUACUGGCUCAUGCACUAAAUUAAACACUGGGGAAGGCUAUGGACUCGCUACACGAGCUACUACUUUUUUGUGCAAUCCAUGUUUUAAGGUUAGUAAAUUUUGAGAAUUGUACGAACGUAUGAAUGUCACAUCACAGUUUUUUUCUCAUCAAUAAUGUUAACAUGCAAACAGCCAUUUUAAGAGAUGUAUCUUUCCAAGGGUUUACUAAAAGUCCAUCAACAAUGUGUACAUGGUCGAGUUUAUUCAAACACACUGACACUAGAGUUAAGAUUUUAACCUGAAAAGUCACAAAUGUAAAGAUAACAAAUCUAGAAGGAUGCAGCUGACUAUGAAUGGGAGACUGUUUCUAUGCAGGUUAAAUAUCUGACAUCAGUUAUUCACCAAAACAUGUGAGCUUCAUUUAAGAAAAUCCCUAGACAGCUGACAGUCACCUUCAUCAUCUUUCCCUGUGGACCAGCUCCACAUUAUAAAUUUUGAUGGCAUCACAGAUCCACGUCGCAGCUGUGUGAUGCCAGCAUGAGGAGAGGGGUGGCACCACAGACCACAUGACGCCUGUUGUACCUCAAAGGUUUUCAUCAAGCUACCUCCAGCCAUGCCAUAUAUUAAAACAAAAAAAAAGAAUUCAACACUGUUGGAUCUUAAGUCACAGAAAUGCGGACUGCGGCACACAGUUUUCUCAGUCAAUGGAAAUGCAUACACUGGAGAAUGGCAGGACAACAAGAAGCAUGGAAAGGGAACACAGGUUUGGAAGACAUCUGGUGCCAUUUAUAAUGGAGAGUGGAUGUUUGGAAAACGGGAUGGAUAUGGUACCUACAGUGUACUCCUCCCAGAAACAAAGGAGUAUGAAAGGAAGUACUGUGGAAGAUGGAAGAACGGAAAGAAGCAUGGGUAUGGGACGUACUUCUACAAUAACUCAGCAGUUUAUGAAGGGGAGUGGAGUGAGGACCAACGGAGUGGCUGGGGAAGAAUGUACUAUGAGAAUGGAGAUAUCUACGAGGGAGAGUGGAUGAAGGAUAAGAAUCAUGGACAGGGUAUCAUUCGAUUUGCAAAUGGAAACUGGUAUGAAGGUGCGUGGCAAGAUGGCAAGAAGAACGGUAAUGGAAAGUACUACUAUUCUGACAAAGGCCAGCUUUAUGAAGGCUUUUGGGUGAAAGGAGUAGCAAAAUGUGGGACCCUGUCUGAUUUUGGGAGGGAUGAAGCACCAACCCCAACGAAGUAUCCAAUUCCACAGAUACACCUGGUGGAUAUGCAGUUGGUUUUAGGGGACGCCCAGUCAGCCUAUCUUGAUCAGUGUCGAUGAACAACAACAAGUGGAUCAACAGCAAGUUUCCACACCCCACCAUACACAGACAAAAAAUUAAAAAAAAUAAAUGGCAUGAUGUUAUUCAG